AUGUACUCUAAUCCCCGCCAGCAUCCCUCUCGACCUCAUUUCCAUUCCUCGCUCUCUAGCUUUUUGAACUCAUAUGUCUCCAUCAAUGACUCAGAUUUAAGCGAGGACGAUCUAAAUCUCAUGGCUCAGAAGAAAGCUGCACUAUUGGACAAGAUGGAGAGCUUCCGGCAACAGGGUCGGCUCAUUAUUGACAACGCGACCUUCAAUGAGAUGUCUAAAACAAGGGGUGGCGUAACCCUCCACGAACCAAAGCAAGAUCGGGACACUUGGGAUGUGAUCUUAGAAGCGAUUACUCAACGCUCCCGACAGGAGCAGGUGAAAGGUCGAGUUAUUGCUGCGCAGAUAUCGAGCCGCAUCAAAGCGUAUUGGGAUCAACGGGCACAACGCGAGGAUAAGGCAAAAAUGCAUGAAGAGAGAAGACUUCGUGCCUUGGCGAAGGCAACUAUUAAGAUGGUCACUAGUGAAUGGAAAAAAGCUGUCUUCCACAUUCGGGAACAACAUCGACUGCGCGCGGAGGCUGAGGAAAGGCGCCGUGGUCAUGAGCAUUUAGAUGCUAUCCUUGAUCGAUCUGGUCAUAUAUUGGAAACUCAGCAAGCAGAACUUGCUAGAGGUGAUAUGUCUCGCAGUAGAUCCAGUAGUGUUUCUGGUCACUUCCUGGAACCGGGAUUCGACUCUGAAGGCUCGGAAAAUUCAGAGUCUGAAGUAGAUCAGGGAGAUACGGAUGGUGUGGAGCGGCAAUUUUCGUCACAGGCGAGUGACCGAGAUACAGAGAAUGCUGAGGAAAAAGAAAGCACCAAGGAUGAUGAUGAUGACGAAGAAGAAGAGGAGGAGGAGGAGGAUGAGGAGGAGGAGGGCGGAACCAGUGCGUCAGCAUUACUGGGGCCAUCACUCCCUCAGCUCGAAGUUGAUGAUGAUACUUCGAGCGCUACCUCCCGAGCUGGUGCUAAUCUACUGGAUGCCGAGAUGAAUGAUGAAGAAGAGUCGGAGGCUGCUAUGGCCGUGGAGUCACCUCUGCUUCUCCCUUUCAGAUUGCCGAUGUCUCGGGAGACUCCUACCGACUCCGACUCUGUUUUGCACGAGCAGACGACUGAAGACUACAGGUCUCCCCAUUUUGAGAGUUUCAACGACGCGCCUUCACCAGCCAGCACUGUUGCUGGCCAUGAAGAGGAGCCUGAAUCGACUUUUAAUCGCAAUAAGGAGUUGAAGACAACAGUCACCGAAUCUACUCCGGGCAGUUUGACUCUAGGUGCUGACGACGUUGAUAUGGGUCAAGCCACGGAAGUCGAAACUAAAGACAACUAUACAGGCUUUCCAGCUGUCGAAACACCAUCUUCUCGCCCCCCAUCACCUACGUUCGGUAUGGAAGUCGAUGAGUCUGAGUUAUUUGACGAAGCAGAAGACGUUCAUCAACAAGAGGACAACGUACCAGACUAUCUCAAACCAUACGCCGUUGCACCUGUCCACUGGGACACGCAAGACAAGGUGAAAGUUCCCGUGUUAUUACGGGGUGUCCUCCGCCCAUACCAGCAAUCCGGUUUGGAAUGGCUUGCAAGCCUCCAUGUCAACAAUCUAAACGGCAUACUUGCUGACGAAAUGGGAUUGGGGAAAACUAUACAGACAAUAUCGCUCCUUGCUCAUCUAGCCUGUGAUCGUGGAAUAUGGGGUCCGCAUCUUAUUAUUGUCCCCACAAGUGUCCUCCUAAACUGGGAAAUGGAAUUCAAGAAGUUUUUACCUGGAUUUAAAACUCUGAGUUACCACGGAUCGACGAAACGCCGCAAGGAGCUCCGCCAAGGGUGGUACAACAAGCACCACUUCAAUGUCUGCAUAACCUCAUACACGCUCGCUAGUCGCGAUGCUCACAUAUUCAAGCGCAAAGCUUGGUAUUACAUGAUACUGGAUGAAGCACAUAUGAUCAAAAAUUUCAAGUCGCAACGAUGGAAUAUUCUCUUAAUGUUCCGCUCCUUUCGGCGUCUUCUCCUGACUGGCACCCCGCUACAAAACAAUCUAACUGAGUUAUGGGCACUUUUGCAAUUCCUGAUGUCUGGUACUAACUUUGCCAACCUAAAAGAGUUUGGCGAAUGGUUUUCAAAUCCCUUGGAGAAAGCGAUUGAAAUGGGUACCUUGUUGGACGACGAAAAUAUGCAACGCGUGACCAAACUCCACACAGUUCUGCGUCCCUAUCUACUGCGCCGUCUCAAACGUGACGUUGAGAAAGAGCUCCCCAGCAAAUACGAGCAUCUCAUUCUGUGUCCCUUAUCCAAGCGGCAGCGAUUCCUCUACGACGAGUUCAUGGAUCGUGCGCAUACCAGAGACGCCUUACAAUCUGGUGUUUACCAGAAGAUCGCAAAUAUCCUCAUGCAGCUCCGCAAAGUCUGUAAUCAUCCGGAUCUUUUUGAAGUCCGUCCGAUCGUGACAUCUUUCGCUAUGACACGUUCUGUCGCCGCAGACUUCGAGAUCAAGGAGCUACUAGUUCGGCGAGAGCUUCUUCGAGCGAAUGAUGAAGACAGUAUUAAUCUUGAUCUUCUUGGCCUGCGGUUUAUUGAUCAACAAGACGUACCUCUACUUCCUGCUCUGGAAACGCGGCGCCUUGAUGCGACACAUCGGCUUCCACUUAUCUCAGAAAUGCCUGAGGAGCCGCCACCAAAGGACACUCGUACUAUUCAAGGAUACCGUGCUUACCAUGCAUACCAACAGCGAGUUGCACAAGUAGCUCGCUGGGCACAAAUCGGUUACCUUAAUCGCCUGCGUUGUACCCGGUUACCGGUCUACAGCCAAGAGUUGUUGACUAUUGCUAAGCAGUGUCAUCGACCAAUCCUCCCUCUUUCCACGUUGAACAUUAGCCAUCGUUUCAUGGACACGGUUCUUCUGCCUCUUCAUUCGGCAGUCAAGACUUACGCUGACCGGGCUAAAGAGCUGCAACCUGUGGUCGAAAGGUUCGCUUUCGUCACUCCAGCCGCAGUUGCUUUGGACCUACCUUGUUUUGCCCUGGCAGGAUGCGAGCACAUUAUAUCUUGUCAGUCAUCUGACUUCGAUAGUGUCCUUCAUCACGCUAGCGUCAAGCUGCAGAUAGCGUUCCCAGAUCCAUCCCUUCUCCAAUAUGAUUGUGGCAAACUGCAAGAACUUAGUCGCCUUCUCCGACAGAAGAAAUUGGAAGGACACCGUGUUCUCAUCUUCACACAGAUGACAAGGAUUUUGGAUAUUCUGGAGAUUUUUCUCAACUUUCAUGGCUAUCUCUAUCUUCGUCUUGAUGGAGCCACCAAAAUCGAAGACAGACAAUAUAUCACUGAGCGGUUCAAUGCAGACUCCAGGAUUUUUUGCUUCAUCUCUUCCUCUCGGUCGGGUGGAGUAGGUAUCAAUCUUACUGGAGCAGACACCGUCAUCUUCUACGAUAGCGACUUCAAUCCCCAAAUGGACAAACAGUGCGAGGAUCGUGCUCAUCGCAUCGGUCAGAUAAGAGACGUCCACAUCUACCGAUUUAUCUCUGCACAUUCGGUUGAAGAAGCCAUGUUGUUGAAAGCUAAUCAGAAGCGCUCUUUGGACGAUCUCGUCAUCCAGAAAGGCGAAUUCGACUGGCGAUCCCUGUUUGAUGACCAAGGAGCUCUGUCGAAGGCUCUAGUUGAAUUUGAGGACAAGGAAGAUGUCCAUGCUGCCGCUGUAGCCGCGAGAGAAGAAGAUGUGAUGGAAGGCGCUGAUCAAGCUGACUUCGGUGCUGAAGGAGAAAUUGAAAAUGAAGGCAGGUUGCCGGAUAAUGCGCAGGAUGAUCCACCUACUGGUAAGGAAAUGUUGGAUGUUUCCGAGAUGGACCAAGUUGCAGAGGAAGAGGACGAAGGAGGGGCAGUAUCGGACUACAUGAUUAGCUUUGUCCGGAUGGAUCACGACUUCUUCAGAGAUUGGCGGCUAUGA